AUGCAAAAAAGUUAUAACCUUUUCAAGGAUAAGUAUGGAUCAAAAGGUGAUAUUGAAUUCACUUAGUCAUAUAAUAAAAAGGAUUUAUCAAAGCCAAGCCAUGAUGUGAUUGAAUUAGAUCUUUCGAAUAUAAAAAGCAAUAGAAUAAGAAUUGAAGAUGCUCUUAAACAAUAGGAAAAGAAACAAAAUGUACAAAGCAAAAAAAGAAUUCUCAGCGAUGAUUAUGUAGGAUCACAUGACAUAGCUAUAAAGCAUUCACUUGCAAUUAAGGUCGGUAGACCAUCUCUUACUGUUCCAGAGUUAUGCCCAUGCUGUUUAAGGAAGAUUGAUGAACCUUUAAAUUGGAAUUUUGAGCCAGAGGAUAUCGGGUUCUUAGGAGUUGGUUAUCCAUAAUUUUACACUUUCCUCAAAUAUCAAAUAUACAUUGUAUUUGCUAUCAUCAUUUCUUCAUCUUCCUUUAACAUUUUGUCAAAUGCUUUACUUGGAUGUGAUUGUUUACCAGAUGAUAUGAUAGAUGAAUAUGAUCCUGAAGCAGCGGAAGUAUGCCAGCUCUCGUGGAGUACGUAUUUUAGUAUGGCAAAUAAAAGGAAUCUUCCUUAGAUCAUGAGUUUAUAAUAGGUUUUAAACUUUUUUACAAUUUUUACCAUAAUAAUACUGCUUUUCAAGGCAAGAAUAAAAUUCUAUCUACUAACUUAAAAUGUUUCAACCUUAUUUUGUCCUUCUGCCUACACCAUUUUUAUUCAAAACAUUCCUAACGAUUUAGAGGGAUUAUAAGGAAAAUCUAUAGAAAGAUAUACAGCAGAUGUAAUAUAAUAGGUUUUUGGAGUUUAGCCUAUUUCAGUGAAUGUAUGCUGGAAUUUAAAAGAGAUUUAAGAAAUAGAAAGUGAGAAAGAUAAAUAGAUAUUCUAGCUUCAGCAAAUAAUAGAUAAUCUUCCAGAAAACGAAUUAUAUAAAGUAAGAUAACUUCGUGAAGAGAUAUAGAAGCUAAAAGAAGAAAAAUUUUAAUAAGGAUUCUUGAUAAAAAAGAGGCUUUCUUUGAAUCUUACUGAAGAAAAUUUAAUAAAAUAUUUUACAGGAAAAGUGUUCGUUGUUUUUAGUAGAGUUGAGGAAAGAGAUUUAGUCAUAUAAAAAUUUGCUGAAAUAAACUAAUCAGAAAAUAAAUUAUUUUUAGGAGAUUACUAUGACAAUAGCGUUGAUCCUCCAGCUUUAUAUAAAAACAAUGAAUAAAAAUAAAAUAAGGGAGUUAAAAUAACUAAAGCUGUUCCUCCAAAUGAAAUUAUUUGGGAAAAUACUUAAUACAGUCACUCUUUUGUUCAAAAGAGAAAAAUUAUAUUUUGGUUUGUAAGCGUAUUAUGUAUGCUAGUUUGUUAUAGCUCAAUUGGUGGUAUGCUGUAAUUAUAAAGAAUGUUUUAAACAUCAAAACUUGGUCUUUUGCAUAAUGGUUUAUGGGUAUAAUCAUUUGCUAUUUUAGUUUCACUUGUUGUUUAUGUUCUAAAUACAAUUUUAAGAUAUCUCCUUUCUUAUUUCAACUAAAAAACAUACUUUACAUUGAGAACAGAUGCUUCUACUAACAUGGCAGGAAAAUUGGCAAUUGCUUAUUUUUUGAAUUCAGGAAUUAUGUCUUUUAUAAUAGAUGUUAUUGUACCAAGGUUUACUAAAGAAAAUGGAAUCUAAGCAGCCAGAGUUGCAAUUUAUAGAACAGGUGGUCUAAUAUAUAAUAUGUAAUACAUUUUUGUUAUGAAUGCUAUUAUUAUUCCUCUUAUGCAGCUAAUUGAUGUCUCUAGAAUUUUUUAGCUUUACUAUUAAUGGUAGACUGAUAAAAAACUUAAAGAUUACGCCAGAUCCAAUUUUACUUAAAAACAAUUAAAUGAUAUUUAUUCUGACCCAGCUUCUGAUUUAGUAUAUGACUAUGCAUUAAUUAUCAGCUAGAUGUAUUUUAUGGCUUUUUAUUCACCUUUGAUUCCAAUGGGCUCUGCAACUACUCUAUUUACUUUAGUUUUAUUUUAUCUAAUACAUAAAUUCAAAUUAGCUAAACAUAGAAGCUUGUUAAAUAAUGUUGGAUCAGAGCUUUGUGUUGAAAUGACUGAGAUGUUAGAAUUGAUUGUACCUAUAUACUGCUUUUCAAAUUUAAUUUUUGAGCACAUGCUUUCUUAAGAUAAUAUAACUUCGACAUUUGCAAUUAUUGGUGUUGUUAUCGGUAUUCUAAAUGCCGUACUUCCUAUGGAUAAGUUAAAAGAUAUGGUAUUAGACAAUAGUAUGAAUGAGUUCUAUAUUAAAAAACCUCUUUACUAAGAAAUCAAAGAUAAAUUUGAAACUGACUAUGAUAUUGAAAAUCCUGUAACAAAAGAUACCUAUGUGGCGUUUGUUUAAGAUUCUAAUAGAAAUCAAAAUGUUUAUGAUAAAAAAUUAAUUUAGAACGAUAAGAAAGCAUUUAAAAAUUUUGGUCAUAUAUAAAAUGAGUUGUGA